UGUACUUUGAUAUUUCCGAUUUCUGAUUUUGUAUUUGCUAUCAAUUAAAAUUUGAUAUUCUUUUCAUGAAAAUAUAUGAUCGACUAAUUUUACUAUUAUACGUUUCGUGAAUUUAUGUGGCUCAUCAACUGAUCUUUACCCCAUAUUCAGAAAUUUGUGCAACAGAAAAGAAUGUUGAUUUAAUGGAUAUUUUAGUAUUGGUACUCUUCGAAUAGAUAUUAAUUUAUGUUUUUAAAUAUAUAUAUUUAUUUUAUUUACUAUAAAAAUAAUUAGGGAAGCUUUUUUUUCCUUAAAUAUAACUUUAUUUUAUAUUUAAAAAUAUUUUUGAAACUAAAAUGUUUUUGUCGUAUUCUAUUUUUAUUUUAAAUGGACAUAACGAAUGUUUGAUUCUAAAAUUGUGGCUGCAUUUUUAAGCAGAUUUAUUAUUAUUAUUUUUUGCUGCUGUAAAAUGUAUUGAUAUGCUAACUAAUAUGCUCUGAAGGAAAUGGCACCUUUUUCUAUUCCUGCUCCAUCCGUUGUACCUUUACGAACUCCCCUAUUUGGAGGUCCUCGGGCUAUUGAUACACAAACAAAGAUUGAGCUAAUGUGUGAUACUUAUUUAGCUCAUGAAAUAUAUUAUACGCUCGAUGGAACAAAACCUCAGCCCUAUGCUGGUAUAAUCCAAGGCAGUAAGCUCCAUAAAUACAAAUCCCCAUUUUGCUUACCAGCUGGGAAGAUCACAUUAAAAGCCAUAGCUUUAAGUAGUCAUAUCCAUUCCAUGCAAAGCAGUGUGGUUACUAAAUAUUUUGAAGUUAUCAAAACUGAAAGUGACACAGAAACCAAAAGGUAUUUCGAGAAAUCAAAAAAGAAAAAAUCUUCUAAAGUUUUGAAGAAAAAAAAGAAUACUACAGAUCUAGUACCACUUACUGAAUCAAAUGCUUGCAAAGAAAAUAUUGAUAUUAUGUUAGACGAAAGCAGCAAUAACUGUUGCAGAGAAAAUGGAACUGACGGUUUGAAUGACUUUCCUCCUGAUUUGGAAAUCUUCCCUGAAGAUGAUGUUUCUGAAAGUCUGAGUGAGAUUCCUUCUUUUGCUUCUGGGUCGAAUAAGACAGAGGAACUAAAUGGGGAUAAUUUUGAAAUCCAGAAAACCCCACUGAUUACUCCAAGUCCUCCUUUGACUGAAAGCGAACUGACCAGUCAGGAAAAAGGUGAAAACUUUGACACUGAUGGUUUUAAAAGGCAGUAUGAUGUUGAAGAGGAAGAUGGCCUCUUAAAGAUUGAUAAGAAGUUACCAACUUGUGCAGUUUCUGCUGAGACUCCUACUUACUGCAUGAAGUGUGAUAAGAUUUUACAAUUUUGCCGUUCAUGUUCAUCUCUGAAUGCUGUCACUUCUCAAUAUUGUAUGCAUUGUGGAGAAAAAUUAAUGCAGAGAUGUUGCAAUUGUAAAGAACUGAACUCUGUAACAGGUACUUUCUGUCAUUGUUGUGGAAGAAAGCUGGAAAUUGAUAAUAAAGAAUUGCAAAUUUCCUAUACAGACCAUUGUGUAAUGGUGGAACCCCAGAAGAUGCAUGCCAGUGUGCAGCAGACUCCAAGCACUGUGAGUAAAGAGACUCAAACUCUGUCUUUACCGAAAGAGAGAAGCAGGAAUACAGAUGCUAAGAGAAUACCUUCUCAUAGUCCUGGGAGGGGAUAUUGGCAUCAACAGUUAGAUUAUAUAUGCAAUCAUUUAAAGAGCUAUGCAUAUAAUAAUCUUGAAUUCCGUAAUUCCAUAAGUGAGCCCAUGUUGAAUGAUUUUCAAAAUGCACAAAUUACAAAAACAGAUGAUAUUGUGAAUGUGACUAUCUCGUUUUCUUCUUUUGUUAAAGAAAAAAAAGAAAGCAAGGAUUUGAACUAGAGCUUCCUUAAUGAAAGAACAAAGUUAACUACCAGUUAACCAAGUAGUGUCACUUAUUUGUUUGUUAUGUAAAUAUGUCUUUACUUAGAGUAAAACAUUUUAAUGAAUUUUUCUUGUUUCAAAUUUAUACUUUUAAACAAAAAAAGUUUUAUAAUGGGCAUCUUUUUAGUUUAUCAAAUGUUGUUUGGUUAGGAUUGAUUGUUCUUGUUUAUAUUUUUUGGAGCUUAUCUUAGAAUUUAUAUUUUUAAAAAAAGAUAAAAUCUUCUUUUUCAUA